GAUUUCAGUGACAAUAUGAAAAAAGUCCUUCCAGCGGAUGGUCCUCAUGUCACCUGUGUGAAGAGGGCCUCUCACUUUGAGUGCAUCAAGGCCAUUCAGGCAAACGAAGCAGAUGCUGUGACUGUCGAAGGAGGUUUGAUAUUUGAGGCAGGCCAGCUCCCCUUUAACCUGAAGCCCAUCGUGGCAGAAUUCUUUGAGUCAAAAGAUGAUCCACAAACCUACCAUUAUGCCGUAGCUGUGGUGAAGAAGGACAGCGACUUCCAGCUGAACCAGCUCCAAGGCAAGAAGUCUUGCCACACGGGCCUAGGAUGGUCUGCUGGGUGGAGCAUCCCCAUUGGGGUACUUCUUCCCUCUGACUCUGUCGAAGAAGCCACAGCAGAAAUGGCCGACUUCUUCUCCGGCAGCUGUGUCCCCUGUGUGAAUCGGACAGCCUUCCCCAAACUGUGUCAACUGUGUGCGGGAAAAGGGACAGACAAGUGUGCCUGCUCCUUCCAGGAACCAUACUUCAGCUACUCAGGUGCCUUCAAGUGUCUGCAGGAUGGUGCGGGCGAUGUGGCCUUUGUGAGGCACACAACAGUGUUUGAGAACCUGCCAAACAAGGCCGACAGGGACCAGUAUGAGCUGCUCUGCCUGGACAACACCCGGAAGUCAGUGGAUGAAUCCCAACAGUGCCACCUGGGCCUUUUUCCUUCUCAUGCCGUCGUGGCUCGAAAUGUGGGGGGCAAGGAGGACUUGAUCUGGGAGCUUCUCAACCAGGCCCAGGAACAUUUUGGAAAAGAAAAGUCAACAGAAUUCCAGCUCUUUGCCUCUCCUCAUGGGAAGGACUUGCUGUUUACAGAUGCUACCAGUGGAUUUUUAAGAGUUCCUCCUAAGAUGGACGCCAAGCUAUACCUGGGAUAUAAAUAUUCUACUGCCAUUCAGCGUCUAAGGAUAGGUGUGGAAGACUCCAAGAGGGUGCUAUGGUGUGCAGUGGGUCACCAUGAGAGGGUCAAGUGUGAUGAGUGGAGUGCUUUAAGUGGUGGCGCCUUACAGUGCACUAUCGAGGAGACCACUGAGGACUGCAUUGCUGCCAUAGUGAAAGGAGAGACUGAUGCCAUGACUUUGGAUGGAAGCUUCAUCUACGUAGCGGGCCAGUGCGGUCUAGUGCCUGUUCUGGCAGAGAACUACAUGCCCAAGGAUGAGUCUAGGUGUGUGAAUACACUCAUGGAAGGUUAUUACGUCGUGGCCGUGGUUAAGAAACCAGAUCCCGACCUCACCUGGAACUCCCUGCAAGGCAGGAAGUCCUGUCACCCCGCAGUUGGUACUUCUGCAGGCUGGACCAUUCCCAUGGGUUUGAUAUACAACAAAACUGGGUCCUGUAAAUUUGAUGAAUUCUUCAGUCAGAGCUGUGCCCCUGGGGCCGAUCCAGCUUCCAGGCUCUGUGCUCUGUGCAGUGGUGGCAGCGACCCAGCCCACACCUGUGCUCCCAACAGCCGCGAGAGAUACUACGGGUGCAGUGGGGCGUUCAGGUGUCUGGUUGAGAAGGGAGACGUGGCCUUUGUGAAGCAUCACACGGUCUUCCAGAACACUGAUGGAAAAAACCCUGAAGCAUGGGCUAAAGAUCUGAAGCAUGAAGACUUUGAGCUGCUGUGCCUCGAUGGCACCAGGAAGCCUGUGACUGAAGCUCGGAGCUGCCAUCUGGCCAGAGUCCCAAAUCAUGCUGUGGUCUCAAGGAAAGAUAAAGCAGAUUCUGUUCGCAGAAUGCUCUUCAACCAACAGGAGCUCUUUGGAAGAAAUGGGUUUGAAUACAGGAUGUUCCAGAUGUUUGAAUCCUCAAACAAGGAUCUGCUUUUCAGUGAUGACACUGCAUGUUUAGCUAACCUUCAGGAUGAAACAACUUCCAGAAAAUACUUAGGACAAGAGUAUCUCAUGGCUAUUGAUAACAUGAAACCAUGCUUACACUCUGAACUUCUGGACGCCUGUACAUUCCAUGUACAUUAAAUGCUGAUCAAAGUGGACAUCCACAGGGAUGCUCAGUGCCUGCAAAUAUGGUGGGGCAUCAUGGGCCUGUGUUAGCCUUAGUUAUUUUAUAAUUAUGUGCUGGAACUGACACAACAAUUAAAAUGAAUGAAAAUUAUUGUGUCUUCUCAGAACACUUCAUUAAAUAUUCUCAGGUUUUUUUUGAGGGGAGAAAACUAUGUCUUUAUAUUAGAGUUAUGCUUCUGAAUUUAAUAUCUAUUAAAUUGUACCUUUGUAAAGAACUGUAUAAGACUAGCUCAUCUUCCCUCCCCAUUCUUCAUUUUACCCAAGAGUGAGUGGUGAUUACAAGUGUGAAAAAAAAGCAUCAGUGUUGCAGUACCAAGGACUUAUAUAAUAAAAAUAAAGAAUAAGGAA